AUGGACGGGAAAUUAACAGGUAUGAAAACAUGAAAAUUAUAAAAAAUAAUUUAACAAGUUAUCUAAUUUUCUAUAAUGUAAUUAAGUGCUUAUCUUUAAAUCUACAUCGUAUUUUACAAACUGCACAUGGACACUAGAAAACAACUUUUCAUACUUAAAUUACUUCAUAAAAUUUACUUCGUCUAGCUAUUUGAAAUGUUUUAUUUUUAAACAAUAUUUGAUGUUUCCUAUCUAUACGUUUUCUUGUCCUUACUUGGACUUACUUAAUUACAGUUCUGCUUUAUCUUAAUUCAAAAACCACAAGUCUUUUGCCGAGCAAAAUUACAAAUUUUUCAAUUACGAGAUAAAAUCAGUUAAUUUUUUAAUUUAUAAACUUUGCCGAUGAAACAGUACAUUACAUGACAGGACAAAAACAAACGUACAUAAUGAAAUACAGUAGGUACAUGACCACGGCUGGGUGACCGCAACAGCGAAUAGCCAAUUACUGCGGGCCCGAUAAUAUUACUGCUUCUCCGCUCACCCAGUAAACAUGAACAUUUUGUAUUAAAAAUGUUAUAACUUUAAAAUAUCAACAGUAAUUUUCGUCAUUAAUAUGUCUUUAACCCAGGCAAGUUGUGUGUUUGACUUACAUAGUACAAUUGUAAACAUGCAGUUUUAGGCAAAAGUUGUGUAUUGUAUUUAAAAUCGGCCUUAAUGAAUAAUGGUAAUCGUAAAAUAUCAAUUAUCUUCAUUAUUUUUUUCAGACCAACUGGUGGAUUUUGUGAGUUACUAUGAAACCACAAAGCUUGACAUUCGUGUCUUAGACAACAAUGGAUCCCACAAGAGGUCAAAUGCAGCAGGCUUCCUGCUCAAUCUUAGUGCUUUUGAUAGGUUAGGAUAUGAGAAGUUAAAUAUUAUUAUAAUACUGUAAGAUGGUGGUCAGCUUGCAGUUAUCAGAGUGAAGACAUAAUGUUAAUUCUUUCAGUUAUAGUGGUCUUGUAUUUGGAGGCAAAUAAAGAAUAGGAUCAGGAAAUGUAGUUUAAUCUUCUAGUUUCUAUAAAAAUCAAGAUUUCUAAAGUUGGCCGCCACUGCAACAAUGGUCAAUGUGAAAUAUUUCAUCUUUAUAGAAAUUUUUCUGCAAUACUGUGGCCUGACAAUAAAGUAUUUCAAAGCAAGGUUCAAGUCAAGAUAAUUUCCAAGUAUAAAGAACAUACUAAAUGGUUGUCGGAAAAUCUUAUUUACGAAGGGCAACUUACAGGUAUAAAUAAGGGUUAAAUUUGACUUCCAUUAUUAAGAAAUCAUUAGCCAAUCAGACGCGUUUAAUCAACCAAUCACAUGCGUAGCUAGUCAGUAAAAGGUGGCGGUAUAAGUCUAAAGGUUGGUUUACACAAUCAAAGUUUAGUGUUAAACACCAAGGCUCAAGCAUUUCUUACAAAUCAUUCAAAACGUAGAAUUUACCCAUGCAAAAUUCCUACUGUGAUCACAGAAACUUUGAUAAUGUAAACCAGUCUCAAAUAUCACUAUUUUAUACGUUAAUAAUAUACAAUAGAAAGCAAUAUCCCUUGGAUUAAGAUUAGAACAUAAGGAUUAGGGUUUGGGAUUAGGGCACGGCUAGUAUAAAGGUUGUUCACAUAUAAUUCUAUCCAUAUUUUUAGACAAGGCUGAGUCACGUGUCUCUGGUUAUUUUACACGUGGGCAAUUUCAUGGUCAAAUAUCUGUGCAACAGGAAGACACAUUUUAUAUAGAAGCAUUUAGGAAUCGUUUGAAUCAAUCCCAUGAUACUAUCAUUAUAUACAGAGAAAAAGAUAUAAUUGAGAACUAUACUUCAUGUAGUCAUACAUAUAGUGUACCACAAAUAAGAGAUCACGUGACCAAACAUAGGCGAUCCAAACGUCUGUCUACAUAUUAUAACAGUUGUCCAGUUCUGGUAGCAGCUGACAGUAACUUUUAUAAACAUGUGGGUAAGAGUAGUACUUCGACCACCUUGGCCAAGAUGGCGUAUUACAUAUCUGAAGCAGAUAAAAUCUUCCGAAGUACCAAAUUUUAUGAAGGACAAGAUGAAAGUAUCGGUGUGAUAAUCGCUUCUUUGGUUGUCUACGAAGAUCUGAAGUCGGAGGGUUAGUAUUGUCUCCAAGUAAGGAGGGUGUGGGACAAGACUCUCUUUAAGAAGUUCUAUACAACGCUAGAGCACUCAUUACCUCUGCAUAACCAAACCAAGCUUAACAACAAGGAGAAACUUUAACUGUACUCCUGUCGUCGAAGUAAACGCGCCCAUUAACAUUCGCCUUUAUAAUUCUCAAGGUAUAUUUUCCUCUCCAAGUGACAUUCCAGUCGACAAAUACCUCAAAAGCUGGAGUAAACUAAAUCACGACUCCUACUGUCUCAGUUUAUUGUUGACCUACCGAGAUUUUUCUAAAGGAGUACUCGGUCUUGCUUGGCUCGCUGAACUGAACACAUUGGGUGGGAUAUGUGAGCCUUGGAACACACACUACAGUAUGUCAUUCAACACGGCGGUAGUGACAUUUCUUAAUCAUGGUAAAAUGAUUGGAGAUAGGACAGCCACAUUAACUGUAGCUCAUGAAUUAGGUCAUGGUUUUGGAGCUCAGGUAGGGCUACAAUGUUCAGACACAAUAAUGGUCGAUUUACACCAUACAAUGUUUGCCUAAAUUGUCGCAAGCAACCUGCUUACAACGUGAGUUGUACUUUGUAAAUCAAGCACACAACUCAUCACGACAACGUAGGCGAGUUAUGUGCUUGAUUUACACAGUACAACUCAAAUUGUACGCAGAAGGGUUUAAAGAGACAAAGAAGUAGUUUACUGUAGCUAGAAAAUGUUUUAUAGUCGUCGAAGAAUGUAGAGAAUAUAAUGUACUCGUCAUGUAGUUUUGUACUUGGAGGCCAAUACGUAAAAUUGAGAGAUGCAGUUUCUCAACAUCAUCUUCUUGUGUUAACUGAAACACUCUCGUUUUUCCAGCACGAUCAAGAGGAAUGCCAGCCAGGUGGCAGGGACGGCAACUAUAUUAUGUAUGAACACUCCAGUGAUGCAGCACACCCAAAUAACGACAAGUUUUCGCAGUGUAGUGUCAAUGACAUGAGGAAAAUGCUUCAAGCAAGAGCACACGAGUGCUUCACAGGUUAGAGCUAAAGUUAUUGGGCCAAGUUCAAGGUAAGGUUAAGGGAAGGUUAUAGGGCCAAGUUCAAGGUAAGGUUAAGGGAAGGUUAUAGGGCCAAGUUCAAGGUAAGGUUAAGGGAAGGUUAUAGGGCCAUGUUCAAGGUAUGGUUAAGGGAAGGUUAUAGGGCCAAGUUCAAGGGAAGGUUAAGGGAAGGUUAGGGCCAAGUUCAAGGUAAGGCUAAGGGAAAGUUAGGGCCAAGUUCAAGGGAAGGUUAAGGGAAAGUUAGGGCCAAGUUCAAGGGAAGGUUAAGGGAAGGUUAUAGGGCCAAGUUCAAGGUAAGGUUAAGGGAAGGUUAGGGCCAAGUUCAAGGCAAGGUUAAGGAAAGGCCAAGCGAAGGUAAGGGCCAAGGGAAGGGUAGGUUUUGGGUAAACUUCGACGUUUGGAGCGAAAGCCCUUCAUCGCUAAAAUGGGUUAAAAUUUGUGUUAGAUUUUAAGUGAAGUUACACAGUUUAAGAUUAUUAGGGUUUGCUAAAUUAAAAGCGCACUUGGAUUUCUUUGUAGACGGUAGUUCAUAUUGUGGUAAUGAGAUAAUUGAGACAGGUGAACAAUGCGAUUGUGGGGAUAGAACUGGCUGUCACAUCCGGGAUCCUUGUUGUGUUGCCAAGGAUGACUGGCUCCUCAAUAUCCGCAGAUGUCGUCUCAAGUCAACAGCACAGUGCAGGUUAGAAAUGAUUUCAAUUAGUAAGAAACCAUCAUCGCAAGUGACAGUAGAGCAUGCUCGUCAAAGGCCAGAUCUAAGAAUGAAAAUAUGUCUUUUUUUGCAGCCCGAAAGCGGGAGCAUGCUGUACGAGCGAGUGUAAAUUUAUCAAUGACACAGAGAGAAAAGUUUGCCAAGAAGAAACAGAAUGUUCCUUUACAUCUUAUUGUAAGUUGUUUUUACAUUCUGUACAAUAUGCUAUCCCACACUGAAGAUGAAAUUAAAGGAUUUUCAAAGACCUGUAACAAUCUUUGCAAAAAUGGCGUACUUUCUGGGUUCAUCAAUACUACUACGCCAGUUCUUGUGCCGAUAUUGGUUUCGUCUUGCUCAAAACAUUAGGAGUAAUUCUACCUUAGCAUUAGAGAAAGAAAUAACAGAAAUAACCUGCUACCUCAAGACAUUAACCAUAAGAAAAGCAGUAAUCAACGUUGUCAUUACUCUAGGCGAGAAUGGUACGUGUCCAGGAACACAACGUAAACCUGACAACAAAAUCUGCAACAAUGGUUCAAAUGUUUGCAAAAAUGGUGAAUGCAAAGGUUCAAUUUGCUCUUAUUAUGGUCUGAAUCAAUGUCCAUGUGAUGAGAUGGGUUAUCUGUGUCAAGUGUGUUGUAACAACACAAUGGUAGGUAGUAUCAGUAAUGUAGAAAACUCACGCGGUUUAACUGAACACACCUUUGACGCGCGGAAAUGAAACUACUGUAAGCAGAAAUUAAUCAAAGGUUAAGGUCUACAGUUAGGAAUGAGGUUGAUUUAUGGUUAAGAUUAGAGUUAUGGUUAGCGUUAAGUCUUAGAAGUAAAGUUUGGUAUAAAGAAUGUACUACCCUAAUUGUUCAUUUUUUUCUGCAGGAUGAAUGUGUACCAUCCUCUCAGUUUACAGGCAGUAUUUUAACUCUUCCUGACAAGACACCAUGCGGUGAAAAUAAGUUUUGUGAUGACAUUGGUCAAUGUGAAGAACACACGGACCAAUAUUAUGAAAACGAAGAUUCAUUUGAUGUUAUCAUUUACUGGUUAAAAAAUAAAUGGUAAGAUAUUUCCAAUAUUUGUUACCGAAAGUCCUUAGUCUAUAUCUAUGUACAUGUAGCUGGGUUUAUUCCUUAAUUGGUGCUAUCAGAGUGUGAGAAUAAAUUGGUUGCUCCACUCAUGAAGAUUUAUUUCUAUUCUACUGUAGGUAUAUAUUUCUGUUCAUUGCUAUAGCAACAGCAGCAAAAAUAGUAUUCAUUAGUUACCGACAUUGUCGUGUACAUAGAGCACGACGUCAUGAAGCGCAAUCGGAAGGACUGGAAACGAUACAUACGGAAUAUCCCAGUAGAUUACAAAUGGAAUCAUAUCAACAAACUCAUUCAGAAACUACACAAUUGUAA